AGCAAUGGCGAUGUCAGUGAGCACUCGCUGUUCAAAUUAUGUAUUGAAGUGGAUAGAAGCGACAUUAAGCUUAUCUGGCUGAGAAGACCCGAGGAACUGACACUCUGUCAGGUGGAAUCUAGAUUAUGCCAGGUCAUGAGAUGGGCCAUAUGGAUAGGGAGGGGGGCGGUGGUUGAUUUGAUGAUCGUGGAGACAUCUGACACUUUGAUUUCCUUAUUUGACAAAACGUAGGCUACAGUUACAAAGAUGACAGCAAUAAUAAAUCAGCUGUUGUGGUAUGUAACAACAGUUUUGGGGUGGAUUCUAAAGCCUGUGGUACAGUGGGUUUUCAGUAAGGUAUAUGAUGGUACAUCUCAAACGGUGCCGCCCAUUCAGGAGCCUCUUCUGUUGACGAGUGCAUCUAAACUGGCAAAGAAAAUCAGGGAGAAAAAGGUUUCCGCUGUUAAAGUCAUGGAAGUGUUCAUCGACCGUGUGACAGAGGUGAACCCAAUAAUCAACGCUGUGGUUGCUGAGCGAUAUGAAGCGGCCUUAACUGAAGCCAUGGAGGUUGAUAAGAAGUUAGCAGCCACGGGUGACCUCGACCCUUCAUUGUCAGUAGAAAAUGCGCCUUUCUUGGGGGUUCCUGUCUCUAUAAAAGAAGCUUUCAGUGUAAAAGGUAUGCCGAACACGUCUGGGUUGGUCAGCAGGAGAGGCGUGACAGCUGAGAGUGAUGGUCCCGUAGUGGCCAACCUGAGGCGAGCAGGUGCCAUUCCUUUCAUCAUGACUAACAUCAGUGAGCUCUGUAUGUGGUAUGAAUCAAGCAACAAUCUGUAUGGCUGUUCCAAGAACCCAUACAAUACAGGCAGGAUUGUAGGAGGCAGCUCGGGUGGGGAGGGAAGUAUCAUUGCUGCAGGAGGCUCAGUAUUUGGAAUUGGCUCAGACAUUGGGGGAAGUAUCAGGAUGCCUGCCUUCUUCAAUGGCAUCUUUGGCCAUAAACCGUCAAAGGACAUUGUUAAAAAUGAGGGUCAGUUCCCCCUGGGUGAUGGGCGUCAGUUAAAUCUGCUCUCCACAGGCCCCAUGUGUAGAUAUGCUGUUGAUCUCAAGCCAGUGUUAAAGGUUCUUGGGGGACAAAGUACAGAUAUUCUACAGCUAGACUUGCCAGUUGAUCUAAAGACUGUAAAAGUGUUUACUAUGGAGGAUGACGGUGGUAGCCCUCUGGUUUCCAAAGUUGAUCCUCAGCUGCGAGAUGCUCAAAGAAAGGUAGCUGAGCACUUCAAGAAUAUAACUCAGUGUGCUGUCGUCAGUGUCAAGUUGAGCAAGAUGAAGCAUAGCCUCAUUAUGUGGACAGCCAAGAUGGCUGAUCCCACUUCUACCAAAUUCUACGAGCUGAUGGGAGGAGAAGCUGGACCAGUAAAUGCAUUCUGGGAAUUUCUGAAGUGGUGUUUUGGUCAGUCGAACCACACUCUACCAGCUAUUGGGUUAGGAAUGUCAGAAAGUUGCACAUUCCUAUUCGACAGGUCCACGGAUAAACUGUUGUCUAUGCUCAAUGCCUUGUGUGAUGAGAUCAAAGAGCUGUUGGGAGACAAUGGUGUGUUGUUGUACCCAUCACACCCACGUGUUGCCCCCUACCACAACCAACCCAUCAUAACGCCAUUGGACUUCGCUUACACGGCUAUUUUCAAUGCCCUGGAGCUCCCUGUGACCCAGUGCCCUUUAGGACUGAGUAAGGAGGGCCUGCCACUUGGUGUUCAGGUAGUGACCACUCCAAACAAUGACCGACUCUCACUUGCUGUUGCUGAAGAGAUUGAGAGAGCAUUUGGAGGCUGGGUACCACCUGGUAAAUGAAGAAAAAAUAACUGAGGUAUUAAAUAUAAAUUAUGGAACAAAUAAUUACAUGUUACAUGACGAUGUAUUGAUGAAUAUAUUUGUCUAAUAAUUUCAUUCUAGUAUCAGUUUUUGGAUUCCUUCUUU